AUGGUUCACGUAGACUACCAAUUUCUCUUCUCCCGUAACGAUCUUCUCGAGCCUGUCGAAACGACGACUUCUGGACAGCAAACUUUGACAGAUAUUCAAGCGUGUCUGCAGACUUGCACGAUUUCCGCCCAGCCUGGAGAGCAGCAGCGGUGCACUUCUAUAUACAUUCGAGCGAAUAAUUUUCAGACGUCUGUCGCAGCCGCUUGUCAAUCGUUAUGGGCUGCCAAGGGCCACCUUGAGGAGUUGCAUGCUUUAGAGAUAGUUAUAACAGCUUCACCGUCGUGCUGCGGCGACUACUGCACUCAGCUAGUGUUCUUGCAUAAGGACGGUCCUCCCCUUGAUCGACCAGUGCUGAGAGGACAUCCGUUUCCACACUGUCAAAAGCUUUUCCAUUGUCAACAGAAUAAGGACAGGAGGCAUGCGGAAUUUUCGACACACUUCGAUGACCCUUGCGACCGCUUGGAUGAGGUCUGA